CAAUCUUCCCGGAAAGAAAAGAGCAAAAAUGGCUCAUACUCUUCAGUCUCCUCGUACAACCGCUCGCUCGCGGCCGCCGCCACCGCCACCGCCACAACCUCCCUGAUCUUGCUUUUAUCCGUUCAAAUUUCUGUUAGGAGAAGCAUAGUUCGAAGAUAUAUCCGUAAAACUUCCAGCUCUUUUGGCAUCUUCUAAAUCACCCAAAACGGUUUAGUGAGAGACAGAGAGAGAGAUGGGGAGAGCAAAGAAGGGUCCCAAAUUCGCUGUAAUGAAAAAAACUGUCUCUCAUAAAGCGAUUAAACAACAUAAAGAAGACCUCUUGAACCCUAAUAAAAAGGAUUUAACAAAGCUCCCUAGAAAUGUACCCUAUGUUUCUUCUGCUCUGUUCUUUACAUACAAUACAGCUCUUGGGCCACCUUAUCGAGUUUUGGUUGAUACCAACUUCAUCAAUUUCUCAAUCCAAAAUAAAUUGGACUUGGAGAAGGGAAUGAUGGACUGCUUAUAUGCAAAAUGCACUCCAUGUAUUACCGAUUGUGUGAUGGCUGAACUUGAGAAACUUGGUCAGAAAUAUCGUGUUGCUUUAAGAAUUGCCAAGGAUCCUAGAUUUGAAAGGCUUCCUUGCACACACAAAGGAACUUAUGCUGAUGACUGCAUUGUUGAAAGAGUUACUCAGCACAAGUGCUAUUUGGUAGCGACAUGUGAUAGAGAUUUAAAGCGUAGGAUUCGCAAGCUUCAAGAAUGUGACAUUUUAGGUGUUCAUGCAAUAAUUGAUAAACCAGGAGUAAUUGGUUUCUUCAAGAAACGACCCCCAUAUCACAUCUGUUCUGUGAUGCUCAAAAAACGUUAUAAAUCUUUCAACAAUUACAGCAUGAUUCUCUGUGCCACUUGCCCUUGGAAAAGAGUAAAUGAGCGCAUACUCUUCAGCCUUCUCGUACAACCCAACCCGUCGAGCUCGCGGCCGCCGCCACCGCCUUCUGAUCUUGCUUUUAUCCGUUCAAAUUUCUGUUGGGAGAAGCAUACGUUCGAAGAUAUAUCCGUAAAACUCCUAGCUCUUUUGGCAUCUUCUAAAUCACUCAAAAGGAUGGGGGAAGUCAUGCUAGGCAUGCCCGGACUUUGGGCUGAUGAUAAUUCUGAAGCAGCUGAUCAUUAUACAACCAAAAUCGGUGGAGUUCCUGAUUGGCCUUUUCUCCAUUCGAUUAUAAAAUCUGAUCUUCUUAAGUGUGAUUCAUGUGGAGAGAAACUAUGUCUUGUGGCUCAGAUUUAUGCUCCUAUUUCCAGCACAACAAUGACAACAAAAGAGCGUGUUAUUUACAUAUUUUCUUGCAUUGCAACAGCUUGUGAAACCAAGAGAUGGCGUGCUCUUCGUGUUCAGAGAUCUUCCACUGAUAAAGAUUCAAACCCUUCAUCCCAUGAUUCUGUUGCAUCACCAUCAACCACUAAGUUGCAAGAUGAUCCAUGGGCAUUCAAUGAUGAAGAAGAAGAAGACGAUGAAAUAGACCUUGAUGCCAUAUGUAAGGCCCUUAAUGAAGCCACAGGUUUAGCUUCAGCUUCCAAAACGAAAAAGCAGAAUACUUUAUCAGAUUCAAUUGAAAACCCCUCACCUAUAAGCCUAAGUAGAGCCAUUGAUGACAAGACACCAGUGUUACCAUGCUUUUAUAUAUAUCCUAAGGAGGAAAAUUAUUUAGAGGAUGCUGCUGCUCUCAAUAAGAGUGAAUCUAAACAUAAAAUGGAAGAGAACAAAGAUGAUGAUAAUGAUGAGAAAGAAUUAUGGAUAGGGGAAAGUUAUGAGUAUGAUAGAACCCUACAUGCUGACAAAACUUAUCUUAAAUUCAAGAAACGAUUGGAUGUGUAUCCAGAGCAUUGUUUCAGAUACUCAUAUGGUGGGAAGCCACUUUUGGCAACUUCAGAAGCAGGGGAUCCUGGAAGAUGUUUGUUGUGUGGUGAAUUAAGGCACUAUGAAAUGCAGCUUAUGCCUCCAUUGUUAUAUUUUCUACAGGAAGCAUCAAAGAAUCAGUCAUUGGAAAAUUGGGAUUGGACGAGUGUAAUUGUGUAUACUUGUUCUAAGGGAUGUGCACCUUUGAAGCAGGAAUGUAAUGAGUGGAUUGUGGCUGAAGAGGUCGUGGUCAUACAAACAGAGUAGAAAGUCAACAUUUAUUUUGACCAUACAAAAUCAUUUCGUUUGAUAAAUUCAUAUGAAAAAUUGUCUCAUUUUGUAUAGACUGUUGAAAAAUUAUAUUGUUUUUGUUUAAAAUUUAAACCUGAAAUCAACCCAAACUCAUUAUCAU